AUGAACGUCGUUUACAAUCAAGCAUUACGGCAGUUGACUUCUCUCCGCACGGACCUCGACAACCUCCAAAAUGCCUACCACGACUCCACCCAGCAACAACCAAACAUCACCGCCCUCCAAGGCCAAAUGUCCGCUUCCUUCUCUUCUCUAUCCCGUACAAUUGAUGAUUACGACAAUAUGUCAAAACGCGAAGCUGACGGAUCGGCGAAGAAGGAGAAAGCACGGAUGAGAGUUGGGGAGUUGAGACGGGAUGUAGGGGAGUUACGGAAGAAAUUUGGAGAUGUCGCGAGGGAAGGUGGGGCAGCACACACAAACCGGGGACGAGGAGAGCUGCUGCGACGAGGGCCGGGAAGGGGCGAUGGGUUGAGGGAAGAGACAAGUACACCGGAGAAUCCUUAUGCAACACAGGUUGCACAGAAUCGCGAAGAUGCUGUCUUCCGUGAUCAAGACUUCUUGGGACGGACAGAUGUCGCGCUUGAUGAGUUCUUGGAGCGUGGACGUGCAGUACUUGGGGAUUUGAAAGAUCAGAAGAGCAUGUUGAAGGGAACUAAGACGAAGAUUUUGGAUGCAGCACAUACACUCGGCAUAUCGAGGGAAACAAUCUCAAAGGUGGAGAGGAGGGCAAGGCAGGACAAAUGGAUCUUUUGGGGAGGAGUUGUGUUCACGCUUACAUGUUUCUGGUUGAUUUUCAAGUGGUUGAGAUGA